AUGGUGCAACUAGCUCUCUCCACCCGUGGAGCAUCGGGCCUUCACCCUGAAGAGGAUGACACCAUAAUCAGAGUUCACGCUUGGUUCGGCAACAAGUGGUCCACCAUAGCCCGACUCCUUUCCGGCAGAACCAACAAUGCCAUUAAGAAUCACUGGAACUCCACCCUCAAACGCAAGUACGCCUCCAUGGGCUCCAUCGACGAUCCUCACUACGCGCAGCCUCAAUCGCUCCGUCAGCACCAGCGUCGCCGUACCCGUGUCAACGGUGGUGGUGAGGUACUCGUUGCCGACGGUGAUGGCGACAACAGAGGGGACGAGCUGUGGCCCAACUCAUCCAUGCCCUUCACCACUUUGAGUUUCCUGUUUUUUAUUUUCUUCUUGCUCCUUUUCAUAACUCAAUCUUCAACCUCCUUAGGCAAAGACCUGAACUUUAGCUUCAGCUCAUGCUGCAUAACAAAAGCAUCAACUAUAGUGUUGCUGUUAUUGCUUAUAUUAGUAGUAGUAGUAGUAACGGCAGUUUCAACUGAAAACCCUAAUCUCUUGAGAUUGUCGAUUCCAAUAUUGGAGUUGGGAAUUAGGGUUAGGGUUUGGGGUAUACUAGGAGGAGGGGCAAAUGGAUUAUGA